UCAGGGGCCAAUCAGCGUUCGGGAAUUUUGGUGAUCCAGAUCGAUUCGCUUCCCCCCACUGAGGUAUAUUUACCCCGCUUCUCUCCGACCAAAUACAACUCUCUUCUUGAAACAACGCCACCUUGAAGCAUCCAGUCACGCUUCGUUUUCAACAAGAUACUUCAGACCCCCAAGACCUUAUUACUCUUUAAGACUUCCAUCACCUCAAGACCUCAUCACUCUCCUCAACGAGACAUCGUCAUGAUGCUUCGUGCCCCCUCUCGACGCGCAUCAACGCGUGUCUCGAGCCUUCCCACCACCAGGACUAUGCAGACGCGUUCAAUGCGAGCUCCACAAACUCCAUCCGUCGACCUUCAACAAGCUGCAUCCGUCGACCUUCAAACCUCUCCAUCCGUCGACCUUCAACAAGCUACAUCUGUCGACCUUCAAGACACUGCUCCUGUCACCCAAGAAGUUGCGUCUCUUGAAGAUCCUUCCCAAGAUUCUGAUGAUGAAGAGAUUUCCGAAGAGGAUCCUGAUGAAGAAGAAGACUCUGAUGACGAGGAAGAAGAAGAAGUCCCAUGCUGCAAUUGUGGCCAAAUCAUUCCUACUGGACAAUGGGGUGAGUGCAAGGAAUGCGGUCACAUUCAGUGCGAUCGCUGCCAACAUUACAACUUCUGGGAUUGCUGCUUUUGCCGCUGCCUGACCAAGAACGACAUUGAAACCAACAAGUGCCCGCAAUGCAAACACACCAAAUGCACAGCCCGUUGCAGAGACUGGGGAGAUGCCAGGGAUCCUGAAGAAGGAGACGACUCGUUCCGAAUUGAGUUGAUGGCGACAGAUCGCCUUGGCCUUAAUGUGAAGAUGGCUAAGAUUGCACUCUCGAGAAUCAUCUCAUCUCGCCCCCUUUCCCCUCUGGAUCCCGACUACCUUGUACAAAGCUUUGGAGCUCAGGCCGUCAAAAAUGUCCCUCCUGAGAUUAUCCUCUACAUCCUGGAGCUCGCCCAUGACAUUUCAAGACCUCGCACGCUGUAUGCUCUCUGGAACCCAUCCGAGCAGGCUUGGUCUUACCGAGACCCACGUAACAAGGUCCCUCGGACGGUUAUCAAAUUCGAUUCUCCACUCCUCACAGCCCGUGCUAGCGAGCUUAGGUCAGCUCCUCGCCUCGGCCUUGGCGAUCAACCUUAUGCUUGGUUCAACCCGACCAUAGACACCCUGGCAUUUGUGUACAAUCGAUGUGGCAAUGAGCCGGAAGAUGUCCAACAAUAUGAGAAAGCUAUGGCAAUCGCUGGUCAACACAUUACCAGGCACGCGAACAAGCACCCCAGUCGCGCCGUUCGGAAGCUUGAGAUCGAGUGGUGCCAAUUUGUCCAGCAUCCAAAAGACACCGUCUCCCAGUUUGACAACAACGCUCUCGAGCAAUUGACCUUGGUUGACCAUGACCACUUCAAUCCUGCCUAUCCCAGCCGCAUCUACGAGCAGCACGAAGAUUAUGCCCAAAGGUUGGAGUGGGCCAGCAAGACCCUCGCUGGUUUCAACUUCAAGGUCAUAUGGGAAGGUUCAGGCUGUUACUUCAACAAGGACUAUGAGGAUGAGACUGGAGAGAGCGCCUAUGACUAUGAUGACGUCACUGAUUCCUGACGCGUUUGGUGGAUUCACUUGCAUUUUCGAGGAUUUU